GCAGCAUUUUGGAGACAGUCCGUUAUUGAGACAGUCACACGGUGGAGCAGGUUGAGACAAACGGGUGGACUAAGUUUCAACGAUAUAUUAUUCUUUAUAUACCGCUAUUCUCAUGUGGAUCUAAGUCUUAGACUUCUGUCUAUUUCCAAAGAUUUAACCUGUGACCGGUGGAUAUUUUACGGACAUUUUUCGCAGGGUGGAAAAAUGCCUCGGUCUUUCUUGGUCAAAAAGUAUUUCGCCAAUAAAAAACCCAACUAUAGUGAACUGGAGUGUCAAAAUGGUGAGUAACUUUACGUGAAUUAUUCAUUGUAUGAAGUAGAAUGCAUUACAUAAAUACGUAAAAUAUUACAGAAUAGGUAGCCACCGGUUUUCUCUAUUAUUGUUCCUUACAAGAAGCCUAUUUGAUCCACUUUUAGUUGUGUUGCCCAAACAUAAACUGUCUCCACGUUGGCAACCUUUACAAAUCAUAUUUUAUGUUUUCAAGUAGGCUUAGGCUCAUUAUAAAAGAGAGGUAGUUACCCCUAAACUGCACAGAGCUACGAUGUAUUUUUUUCUACGCCAUUUGAAUACGUGGGAGGAAAUGGCCCAUGAAAUCUCUGCUUGGCUGAAUCUCGGAUGUUUUUGGUGUAAAAUGCUCUGGAAUUUUACAAAGAUGUCACAGAGAAACCUGACGGGCAGUUGUUGCUUUACAAGUUGAAAAUAUAUGGCCUAUCCAAACUUCAUGUAUCUAUUCAGUGUGUUGUGUUCCAGUUACAUUAAUCAUAUGUCCAUGAUGAAAACGUCUCAGUAUCUGUCAGCUGUGCUGUAAAUGUACCUCUGUAACCUAACCCUCUUCCUCAUCCCUCAGCCACCUCACUGGAGAGGUACCCACUAGCUGAGCUUCCAGCAGGGGACAAUAACUCAGCUGCCACUUGUAACACAACGGGACUUGUAUGGGACGUGAGCUUCCUUCCAGCCCUCUACGUCCCCACAUCCCCCAUUGAUGCCUCUACCACCCCCGGUCCCCUGGACCUCAGCUCCCCAUCCAGCCUCAGCAGCAGUACCUAUAGCAGUGGGGAGGAGGACGAGGGGCGCACCUCUGACCCACCCAGCCCCGAGCCCACAGACACCUACCACCCCCCUCAGCGCCCCAAACGCACCGGCAUCAAGAGCCAUGGGGCCCUGACUGAGGAUGAGAGAGUGGCCCCAGUCACUGCAGCAAGGCCAGCCUUCUUCUGCAAGCACUGCCCUAAAGAGUACACCAGCCUGGGGGCUCUGAAGAUGCACAUCCGCUCACACACACUACCCUGUGUCUGCCCCACCUGCGGGAAAGCCUUUUCCAGGCCCUGGCUACUGCGCGGCCACAUUCGCACACACACAGGUAAGAACUCCCACACUUUACAUUGGGUAUUACUUUGGUAGAAGGCAGGGGCAAUUAUUCAGUUGAUUGGAUCAACACUUGCAGUUUACAAAGCCCUGUGGGCUUGUUGGUCAUUGAUCACUCAUUGUGUUCUACCUCACUGUAACAAUGACUCCCUGAGAAUGAUCUUAUCAUUGGCUCCAAUGUGAGACAACAGAAUGCAGGAUAACAUUGUGAUGAAGGGGACAAAGAACAUAAGAAAUCUCUCAGCUAUCAAACUGCCCACUUGCUACGAGCAACAACUUGAAAGUAGUAAACUAAUUUGGCACUGAUUUAAUCAUGUUAAUUCAAGUGUGGUCCUGAUCCACUCAGCCUGACACCAGAUUCAUAAUUACCCUUUAAAUGAGCUGUGAGGGUGAUUCACUGAGGUGUUAAUUAACCCCUCUGGUGAGCUCAGAGACAGCCAAAUUGAUAUAAUUGUGUGUAUUGCUAAUCAAAGCCAAGGUUCACAGACCCCGUCUCAUACACAGACACAGGCUUAACAUCACACAGUUAGUGUCAUGCAUCUCUAACCAUGCUCUUUUUCCUCCCUGCCUUCUCAGGUGAGCGGCCGUUUCUCCUGCCAACACUGUAACCGUGCCUUCGCCGACCGCUCCAACCUGCGUGCGCACCUGCAGACCCACGCUGAGGUGAAGAAGUACCAGUGUGGCGUGUGUUCCCGUACCUUCAGCCGCAUGUCCCUCCUCCAGAAACACAGCGCAGUCAGCUGCUCCACCUCCUCCACAGCGUGAGCAGGAAUGGGCCAUGGAGUUAUCCCCACAGAGACCUCAGGGCGGUGGGGGAGUCUACAGACUCAUAUCACCAGCAAGACCAGAGGAGCCUGAACCAAUCUGCCAACAGAGACCAUGAACUCACCGUUAACUAGUAGUAAGUUGACCCUGACUCGUAUCUCUUUGGAUGGAACUUCCAAAACCAUCUCAGUUUCAAUCACAUUUAAAGUAGAAGAGGAACACAUUUUUCAAACUCCUCCCAUUGCAAGCCAAGUCUGGUAGAUGUUUUGGACUGUAAGCAACUCUACUCCUGCCAUUCUCCCAGUCCCAACUUCGUUUUUUCCUCAUACAGUAGUGGACUCAUGGGGGUUAGUGGUGCCAGUGUUUUUGUCUAUCCCAGCCUCUGUGCCGGCCAGGCAAGCUCAGGAUCAUCGUGGCCUAAGAGAGGUAGGGGUGCGUGUGUGGGAUACAUCUCUCAGCAGGACACACACACGCACACACACACAGCUGUCCCUGGUAGAGUGGUGUAGAUAGACAAGGUGCUAACAGGUGCUCUGGCCCUGACCUUCACUGGGCUGAUAACAGGUGACUUCCACCUCCCCCAGAAAGAGGAAGUAUGUCAUCAUCACAAAGAGGAUGGAGUCCGUUGGUCCCUUUGUAUGCAUGUCUCCAGUGGGUGCGUCUUAAGCCUUUACUUUGACCACACAAAGCCCCUAAUGUAAUCUGAUGUGUUUCAAAGACAGGAUAAAGCCAUUUGUUUAUGUCCUUAUUCCUCAUGAAAGCUCUCAGCUUUCAAUGUCGUUUUAAUUCCUGAAUGAAAAUCUAAGCCAUGCACUCCAGGUUACCACAGUGUUAAUUAUUGCUAUUGUUCUCUACAAUGAUAAAGAGAACUCGUUUUAUGAAAUGUAUUAUUUUUAAACCAAAGAUGUGCCUUCUUACCUCAGCUG